AUAUUUUCGAAUGUCAGUGUCAUCUGUCAGUGAAUAUUUUGAUUGAAACUGACAAAUUAUAUAAAAUUAGGUAUUCAUUGUACAUUCAACAUUGAUUAUUCCCAUUUCUUAAAAUAAUAAUGCUUUAACGAAUACCCAUUCAAAUUGUUCACUAGUUUCUCCGUGGUAUAUUAAAAAAGUGUAAAAGAAAGAUGAACACCGAAAGUGUAAUUGGCGAUGGAGCUAAAGUGGAAAAGGCAGCUGCACCACUUCCCAUUAACCACCGUUUCCUGGAGCCUGAGAAAGCAGUAAAAACAAUAACCGAUAUGGCUAUAUGGGAAAAGUCAGAAGCUUACAUGGAAUACAUAGGUUUUAUUGCCACUCUGAAUGAGGCUAUCAAAGCUAAACCAUUAUCUGUUGAUUGUAAAGUUUCAGAGAAUAUCUCUAAGUUAGUUAAUUUGCUAGAGAAACUCGACAAAUUGAUAAAUGACUUUCCACCUGUAGAACAGCCACAGAGGUUUGGUAAUACAGCAUUUAGAGAUUGGCUAGCUAAAGUAAAGAUGAAUUCAACAGCAAUGUUACAAGAAGUAAUAAAUCCUGAACUACACUUAGCAAUACCAGAAAUAAAGGUCUACUUGGAGGAAAGCUUUGGUAAUGCAACUAGAAUAGACUAUGGAACAGGCCAUGAAAUGUCAUUCAUUAUGUUUCUUUGUUGUCUUUAUAAAAUAGGCUAUUUACAAUUGGAGGAUAAUGUUGCAACUGUAUUUUUAGUAUUUAACAAGUAUUUAGAUAUUGCGAGAAGAUUGCAGCAGACCUAUAGAAUGGAACCUGCUGGAAGUCAUGGAGUCUGGAGUUUAGAUGAUUAUCAGUUUGUACCAUUCAUAUGGGGGAGUUCACAACUCAUAGACCAGCCCAGAAUUUAUCCUCCCGCUAAAUUCUUAGAAGAAGAUAUUAUUGAUAAAUUUGCAGAGGAAUAUAUGUUCCUCUCCUGCAUUAAAUACAUUAAGGAGGUGAAAAAGGGACCAUUUGCUGAGCACUCAAAUCAGCUAUGGAGCAUUAGUGCAGUAGGCUCAUGGUCCAAAAUAAAUCAGGGAUUAAUAAAAAUGUACAAAAAAGAAGUCCUGGCAAAGUUUCCAGUGAUACAGCAUGUUUUGUUUGGCUCCCUUCUUCCAAUACGUAGAUUCCCAAUCCAACAUUAAUAAUAACUCAGUAUAUUUAACUUAACUGUACUUUAUUGUGUAAUCUUUUCUCACUUCAAUUUAAUGUCUUGUUAUUUGUGACAGUGCACGAAAUUCAGUAUUAAAGUUGUGUUUGCGAUAGUGCUUUUGAUAGUAAUUUGAAUCAAAUUUGAAAUGUGAUAUAUUAAAUUAUAUAUAGAAUUAAUUGUACUACAAACAUUUUUGUACUAAGGGUAUUUUAUUCACCAAUGCAUUUAAUAAUUAAACAACAUUAAAAUAGGUAUUUAUGUUUAA